AUGAAGCGGCGGAACGCCGACUGCAGUAAGCUCCGCCGCCCCCUCAAGCGGAACCGGAUCACCGAGGGCAUCUACGGCAGUACAUUUUUAUACCUGAAGUUUCUGGUAGUGUGGGCACUUGUCCUCCUGGCAGAUUUUGUCCUGGAGUUCAGAUUUGAAUACCUGUGGCCGUUCUGGCUUUUCAUCAGAAGCGUCUAUGAUUCCUUCAGAUACCAGGGACUGGCCUUCUCAGUGUUUUUUGUUUGUGUAGCAUUCACGUCAAAUAUCAUAUGUCUGCUGUUCAUCCCCAUACAAUGGCUUUUUUUUGCUGCUAGCACAUAUGUAUGGGUUCAGUACGUAUGGCACACAGAAAGAGGAGUGUGUUUGCCUACAGUGUCCCUCUGGAUACUCUUUGUUUAUAUUGAAGCAGCAAUUAGAUUUAAAGAUCUCAAAAAUUUUCAUGUAGACCUUUGUCGUCCAUUUGCUGCUCACUGUAUUGGGUACCCUGUGGUGACUUUGGGCUUUGGCUUCAAAAGUUAUGUAAGCUACAAAAUGCGGUUAAGGAAGCAAAAGGAAGUACAAAAAGAGAACGAAUUUUACAUGCAGCUUCUUCAACAAGCCCUACCCCCAGAGCAGCAGAUGCUACAGAAGCAAGACAAAGAGUCUGAGGAAGCUGCCAAAGGAUUACCUGAUAUGGAUUCCUCCAUCCUUAUACAUCACAACGGAGGCAUCCCAGCCAACAAAAAACUCUCCACAACUUUGCCAGAGAUAGAAUACCGAGAAAAGGGGAAAGAAAAGGACAAGGAUGCCAAAAAACACAACCUUGGGAUAAAUAACAACAAUAUUCUACAACCUGUAGACUCUAAAAUACAAGAAAUUGAGUAUAUGGAAAAUCAUAUCAAUAGUAAAAGAUUAAAUAAUGAUCUUGUGGGAAGUACAGAAAACCUCUUGAAAGAGGACUCAUGCACUGCUUCCUCAAAAAAUUACAAAAAUGCCAGUGGAGUUGUGAACUCCUCACCUCGAAGUCACAGCGCCACAAAUGGGAGCAUUCCUUCUUCAUCGAGUAAAAAUGAGAAGAAGCAGAAGUGCAGUAGCAAGAGCCCAAGUACACACAAAGACUUAAUGGAAAACUGUAUUCCUAAUAACCAGCUAAGCAAACCAGAUGCACUGGUAAGGCUGGAACAAGACAUUAAAAAAUUAAAGGCUGACCUGCAGGCCAGCAGGCAAGUGGAACAAGAGCUCCGCAGUCAGAUCAGCUCCCUCUCUAGCACCGAGCGAGGGAUCCGCUCAGAAAUGGGCCAGCUCCGGCAGGAGAAUGAACUGCUGCAGAACAAGUUACAUAAUGCUGUGCAAGUGAAGCAAAAAGACAAGCAGAAUAUCAGCCAGUUGGAAAAAAAGCUAAAAGCUGAGCAGGAAGCCCGAAGCUUUGUAGAAAAGCAGUUAAUGGAAGAGAAAAAGAGGAAGAAGUUAGAAGAAGCUACUGCUGCCCGGGCUGUUGCAUUCGCUGCUGCGUCUAGGGGAGAGUGCACCGAGACCUUACGGAAUCGGAUCAGAGAAUUGGAGGCAGAGGGCAAGAAGCUCACAAUGGACAUGAAGGUGAAAGAAGACCAGAUCAGAGAACUAGAACUGAAAGUUCAGGAGCUUCGGAAGUACAAGGAAAAUGAGAAGGACACGGAGGUGCUAAUGUCAGCGCUCUCAGCCAUGCAGGAUAAAACGCAGCACCUGGAGAACAGCCUGAGCGCAGAGACGAGGAUCAAGCUCGACCUGUUCUCCGCGCUGGGGGACGCCAAGCGGCAGCUCGAGAUUGCCCAAGGACAAAUUCUUCAGAAAGACCAGGAAAUCAAGGACCUAAAACAGAAGAUAGCCGAAGUCAUGGCCGUCAUGCCCAGCAUAACGUACAGUGCCGCCACCAGCCCCCUGAGCCCGGUGUCCCCCCACUACUCUUCCAAAUUUGUGGAGACCAGCCCCUCGGGACUCGAUCCCAACGCCUCUGUUUACCAGCCCAUGAAGAAGUGA